GUUGUACGCCUUAGCAUCGUAAUCAAAUGUUGGGUCACCGAUUGUCCACGCGCAAACAAAUAAGCCAUCUCUAUUUUCCUCCGACCAUAUGCUUUCCUUUCUUCCUUAUCUUUUUGCAUAAACAAAAACACCCAUUCUUGAAAAUCGAAACAUUAAUUUACUAGUGCAGUCAGCUAUUUUCGCUGCUACAAUAAUGGCUGCGAUUACUCUCCACACAAACCGUACACUUCCUUCAUUACUGCAUACUCAAACCCCUAAACCCACAUUCUCCCACAAUCUAUCACUUAUCUCGAAAUCUUCACACUCUCAAUUCCAUGGCCUCAAGCUCUCUAAUUCUUCCCAUCUUUCAAUCCCUUCUUCUGCUUCUGCCAAAAGCUGCAUUCUUGCCAAGGUAUCAGAAGGGACAUUGCCACCAGUGUUUACCCUGAGAGAUCAAAAUGGCAAGACUGUGAGCCUCUCCAAAUUCAAAGGCAAGCCUGUUGUUGUUUAUUUCUACCCUGCCGAUGAAACCCCCGGUUGCACAAAACAGGCAUGUGCCUUCAGAGACUCCUACGAAAAAUUCAAGAAAGCAGGAGCCGAAGUUGUCGGAAUCAGCGGUGACGGUUCCGAAUCCCACAAGGCCUUUGCUCAGAAAUACAAACUCCCAUUUACCCUACUCAGUGACGAAGGCAACAAAGUUCGUAAAGAAUGGGGUGUACCAUCUGACCUAUUCGGUGCUUUACCUGGAAGGCAAACUUACGUUCUCGACAAGAAUUUAGUUUGUCGGCUCGUCUACAACAAUCAAUUCCAACCCGAAAAGCACAUUGACGAGACCUUGAAGUUUCUCAAAACCGUCUAAAAAUUGACCCGUAUAUUUGUACUAUUGGUAAAAAAAAAAGAUUGCUUUUCUUUUUGUGCUGUAAGUUGACUCUGUUUACUCUCUGUUUUCUUAUGUAAAAUACGAAACUUUUUAUUUUCUUUUGCGUUAUUCGAUCUAUUACACGGGGCUUA